AUGGCAGGGCCAGAGAUCAGGGAGGAUGAUAAUUUUGCGCGGCCCUUACUCAAGGCUGUGGAAAGUGGUGAUUGGAACGCUACAAGAGAUUUCCUCAACGAACACCCCCGUGCAUUGACAGCAAGAAUGACUACAUUUAUGGGUGGGACGGUUCUUCACGCUGCUGUUGAUGCUGAACAGCAAGAGAUAGUGAUGGAGUUGGUCAAUAUGAUGUCAGAACAUGAUUUGGCAAUGAAAGACAAUUUCGGCUAUACAGCUCUACAUAUUAGUGGGAAUCAGAAAAUGGCAGAGUGCCUGAUUAGAAAAAACAAGGAAUUGGUCAGCAUCAGAAAUAAAGGCAAACUACUUCCAGUUGCUCUGGCUAUGUCCGAUGGGCAUAAAGAAUUGGCUCGCUAUCUCUAUUCUCAAACUCCGUUCCAAGAUCUGGAGGCAGAUCGAGACUUCAAUGGUGCUUCACUUCUUAACAGUUGUUUUUAUCAAGGAGAUUUAGGGAUGGUGAUAAAAAAUACUGCUAUCGAUUCCAUAAGAGGAGCAGCUUUGCAAAUGCAAAGAGAAGUUCAAUGGUUUAAGGAGGUGGAACGCAUUUGCCCUCUCACUCAUAAGGAAAUUUCAAACAAAUACAAAUUGACUGCCAGACAAUUGUUUACGAAAGACCACAACGAAAUGAGAAAAGAGGGAGAGAACUGGAUGAAGGGCACAGCAACUUCUUGUACUGUGGUUGGUGCUCUCAUCACUACCAUUGUGGUUGCGGCAGCAUUUACCAUUUCUGGUGGUAACAAUCAAGAUACAGGCUUGCCAAUCCUGCAUGAUGAACUAUUUAAACUUUUUAUAGUAACUAAUUCUUUGUCGCUAUGUUCUUCAUCAAUGUCAGUAUUGACGUUUCUAGGAAUCCUCACAUCACGUUAUGCAGAAGAAGACUUUCUUAGAUCCUUGCCCAGAAAGAUGAUUAUAGGCCUUUCCGCUCUCUUAUUCUCUAUUGCAACUAUGAUAAUAGCCUUUUCUACUGCUCUUUUACUUAUGUUACGUGGAAAAUAUAAGAUCGUCAUUCCUAUUAUUGGUUUGGCUAGUGUUCCCAUUAUUCUAUUUGUAUUGAUGCAAUUUCGCAUUCUGAUUGACAUGCUUGUUUCAACCUAUGGAUCGGGCAUCUUUGAUGAGAAAAUGAAGCCUUGGUUGUAA